GCUUCUGCCCAAGUGUAAAAAUGCAUAGUAAACUUUGCUCUCUGUUCAUGUUAGUUCGUUCACACUGGACUUCAUUCAAAUAUGCAGCUACACGACAGUCAUUGUCUGCACUGAUUUGCUCUGUCCUCUUAUGAAUCAGGCAGCCUUCAGUAUCUUCGGCAUGGUGGGGGGCCCCCUGCUGGGCCUCUUCUGUUUAGGAAUGUUCUUCCCCUGGGCCAACUCAAUUGGUGCUGUGGUCGGACUGGUAGCAGGCCUGGCAAUGGCCUUCUGGAUCGGCAUCGGCAGCUUCGUGAUGCGUUUAUCGGCCGGAACCACGGUGCCUCCUUUCAACGCAACUGCUCUGCCCCCGUUUGACAACGUAACCAGCACCGUUAUGACCGUCCUGGCCGCCACCACCGCCAAACCGAGGUAACCAAUGGAG